AUGGCAAUGCAGUAUCGUUCUUUGCUUUUGUGUAUGGCACUACUCAUUGGUUUCGCAUCGACAAAAACCAAUGCUGCCGAUACUGAUCGACCAGUUAAAUGUGGUUUGCUUCACAGGGAAAGCUUUGAUUUUCUUGAACCAGAGUUCCUAUUUGGCGCAGCUUCCGCAUCUUAUCAGGUAGAAGGUGCUUGGAAUGAACAUGGCAGAGGACCAAGCAUAUGGGAUAACUACACCCACCAAUAUCCAGAAAGGAUCGUUAAUCGAAGCAAUGGAGACAUCGCUAUUGAUCAAUAUCACCGUUACAAGGAAGAUGUGGGCAUCAUGAAGAAUAUGGGGAUGGAUUCUUAUAGGUUCUCUAUCUCAUGGUCAAGAUUGUUACCAAAUGGAAAGCUAAGCGGGGGAGUUAACAUGGAAGGAAUCAAAUACUACAACAAUCUAAUCGAUGAACUCCUACGCAGUGGUCUAACGCCAUUCGUGACACUUUUUCACUGGGAUAUUCCCCAAGCUUUAGUUGACGAGUAUGGUGGUUUAUUAAGUCCUCGUAUUGUGGAUCACUUUAAGGAUUAUGCAGAUCUUUGUUUUAUGCAUUUUGGUGACCGAGUAAAGCACUGGCUCACUUUGAAUGAGCCAUUUACUGUAAGUAACCAUGGUUAUGCAAUCGGGACUCACGCACCGGGACGAUGCUCUGCUUGGCAAAAACUGAACUGCAUUGGUGGAAAUUCAGCUGUUGAACCAUAUUUGGUGACACACCACCAACUCCUUUCUCAUGCAGCCACUGUGAAGUUGUACAAGACUAAAUACCAGGCAUAUCAAAAUGGUGCGAUCGGAUUAGCAGUAGUGACACACUGGUUUGAGCCUGCUUCGAAGGCAAAAAAAGAUAUAGAUGCCGCAAAUCGAGCUUUGGAUUUUAUGUUUGGAUGGUUUAUGGACCCAAUCACAACUGGUGACUAUCCCCGGAGCAUGCGAACAUAUGUUGGAUCACGAUUACCUCAAUUCACAAAAGAGCAGUCCGAUUCUCUAAAUGGGUCAUAUGAUUUUAUAGGAAUCAAUUACUACUCUGCUAGAUAUGCAAGCAAUCCACUAGAGAAUUCAUCUGACCCUGAAAGCUACAUAAAUGAUCCUCAUGUUAAUGCGACAACUGAGGUUAAUGGAAAACCCAUUGGUCCACGGGCUGCUUCGGAUUGGUUAUACAUUUAUCCAAAAGGAAUUCACGAUCUUAUGAUUUAUACCAAGGAAAAGUAUAAUGAUCCAGCCAUUUAUAUUACUGAAAAUGGCGUCGAUGAGUUCACUAAUAGCAGCUUAUCACUCGAACAAGCCCUUAAUGAUACCAUAAGAGUCAACUACUAUCGUGACCACCUUUGUCACCUUCAAGCAGCAAUUCAAUCGGGUGCUAAAGUAAAAGGAUACUUUGCAUGGUCGAUACUGGAUAACUUUGAAUGGGCAGAGGGAUAUCGUAGUCGAUUUGGUCUUAACUAUGUGGACUAUGAUGGUGCACUGACAAGGUACCCAAAACGCUCGGCGAACUGGUUCAAAACUUUCUUGAAGAAGAGCCAAAGAAAUAUGAAAAAUAUUCAAGUACCUGCGGAUGAUAAUGAUGAGGACAUCAAACUUAUUUAUCAAAUUUGAAUCCCAAAUAAUGAAUAAAGUACAAUGGAUUUACCAGAGUCGUUGUGCGAGUUGUUUUUCGAGUUUUAGUUUUCUGUUUGACUCAUAAUGAGUCAGAAUAAGUUGCAGCAACUCAGUAUGAGUUUGUUGUCCCUCCUUGUAACUUUUUUAUUUUUACUUUUGCUUUAUGUUGUUGAUGUAUUCAAGCCUGUUGGAUUUCAUGACAAAGGUGUUUUCAUCCUUUGUGAAUUUGGUUGGGAAAAUACCAUCUAUUAUUUAAAUGUUAUUUAUG